GAUGCGUGCGUCGGUGGGAGUAGUGAAUGCGGGGUUCCUGCCAAAGCCGAUCAUCAAAUGCAGGAGAGGGGCCCAGAGCGGCGAUGCAAAGAAAGGAGCUAGAAAACUCGCGCAAGAAACGCGUUUACUUUCCUCUCCCGCUGCUGUCAUCCCAGUGUACACUUUGGCUGCUGGAGGUGGCAUUUCAGAUGGAAUUAGACGCCUGUUGACGCCUCAGGCCGAAUACUUCUCAAGUCUCAACCUUCCAGAAUGGUUGAUCCACUGGGGCCAUCCAGGCAACAUGGCGGUUGUCCUGGUGGCCAUGGGGCUGUAUGGUUCCGUGUAUCUUGGCUGGCAGCUGCGGCUCUCGGAUGACACUGCCACUGUCAUCAAGGCCCGUGACCUGCACCCCAAGUUGGCGACCGGCAUGACCAUCUUCUUCGCUCUCGGCGCUCUGGGUGGCAUCAUGAGCUUGAUAAUGCAGGGCAAGCCUAUCUUCUCCAGCCCACAUGUGACCACUGGUCUGUGGGGCUUGGCCUUGCUGUCACUGCAGGGGAUGCUGAGCCUCUUCUUUGACGAAGAGCCGAGCCUCAGGACAGCUCAUGCGUGGCUUGGGAGCAGCAUCAUGGCUCUUUUUGUGGUCCAUGCAUUCCUUGGAUUGCAACUUGGCCUGAGCAUCUGACAGUGUUCAUGACUGCGAUUCCGGUAUGAUACUUUUCUGUAGCUCAUCCAAUUGCUGAUUUUGCAAAUACUGAAACUUUCUUUGCUGCAUGCAUUUUGCAUGCAAAAGGGUCACAUUGACCUUCCAGAGGUUUUCCGUGCAUGUCUGUGAGAGCAAGCUGAUCAGACAAUGAGGAUUAUUAAAGCUGUCAAGUACUC